GAAAUGAUAAACAAAACCUAUUUUUGUUUUGUUUUUUGCAUAGGACUCAAGUGAGCGUUGCAAUGGAGGAUUUGCAAAGUGGUCUGCAGAAUCGCAAAUUAUCACUCUCAACCCUCCCAGAAAAGGGUCGUUCUCUCUUGGCCACUAGGGAUUUCUAUCCAGGGGAAGUGAUUAUAAGCCAAGAGCCUUACGUUUGUGUUCCAAACAACUCCUCGGUCUCCCCCCAGAAAAGGUGCGAUGGAUGUUUCACUACAAUUAAUAACAACGUCCUUAGCAGGUGCUCGCGUUGCCAACUUGCAUUCUAUUGUGGAACCGCAUGUCAGAGGUCAGAGUGGAAGCUGCAUCGUCUUGAGUGUGAGGUCCUCUCCAGCCUCCACAAAUACAAGAGAAAAUCUCUCACACCAUCCAUACGCCUGAUGCUCAGACUUUAUCUUCGGAGGAAGUUGCAAAAUGAUAAGAUCAUCCCAAGCACUGCAAUGGACAACUACAACUUGGUGGAGGCAUUAGUGGCUCACAUGUCUGACAUCACAGAGGAGCAGCUGGUGCUUUAUGCACAGAUGGCUAAUCUUGUAAACUCCAUACUAGAAUGGCCAGGAAUCAAUAUAAAAGAGAUUGCUGAAAAUUUUUCUAAGUUUGCAUGUAAUGCGCAUACCAUUUGUGACAGUGAGUUGAGACCUGUGGGAACAGGAUUGUAUCCUGUUAUUUCCAUCAUCAAUCACAGCUGUUUGCCCAAUUCUGUGUUGGUUUUUGAGGGAAGCUCAGCUUUGGUACGUGCGGUGCAGCAUAUACCCUCAGGUACUGAGGUGCUGAUAAGUUACAUAGAGACUGCUGAAAGCACUAUGACUCGACAGAAGGCUCUCAAAGAGCAGUACCUAUUCACUUGUACAUGUCCUCGCUGUUCUAAAGUGGGUCAGUAUGAUGAUAUCCAAGAAAGUGCAAUUCUAGAAGGAUACAAAUGCAAAAGUGAAAAAUGUGGUGGUUUCUUGCUUCGUACAACUGAUGGGAAAGGAUUCCAAUGCCAAGGUUGUGGACUAGUUAGGGACAAGGAGGAGAUAAAGAGAAUUACAACUGAAAUUAAAUUGCUAUCUGAAGAUGCUUCUAAGCCCUCUGCCACUUGCAAUUAUCAAGAAGCUAUUUCCAUAUAUAAAAGGAUUGAGAAGCUGCAAACAGAACUCUUUCAUCCUUUAUCAAUCAACUUGAUGCAUACUAGGGAGAAGAUUUUGAAGUCACUAAUGGAGCUGGAACACUGGACAGAAGCUUUAGCAUAUUGCAAAUUGACCAUACCAUUCUAUCAAAGAGUGUAUCCAGCUGUUCACCCUCUGCCUGGCUUGCAAUAUUAUACUUGUGGAAAACUAGAAUGGUAUCUUGGAGACACAGAGGAAGCUGUUAAAUCACUGACCAAGGCCGUGGAUAUACUACGGAUUACUCAUGGCACAAAUACACCUUUCAUGAAGGACCUCUUGAUGAAGUUGGAAGAAGCCCGUACUGAAGCUUCUUACAAAUUUUCCUCUAAAGAGUAGUAGAAUGGCACAAAUACACCUUUUAAUAAGGACCUCUUGAUGAUGAAGUUGGAAGAAGCCCGUGCCUAAGCAUCUUACAAAUUGUGCUCUAUAGAAUAGUAGAAUAACAAGUUGAUGAUUACAGUUGCUCUGCUGUUUGUACAAGCUAGUCAUUAAAACUGAAUCACACAAAAAGGAUUAAUAGGUGUUUUCAUUAGUGCUUGCCUAGUUGCUCAGUGAGUCGCAUGAAUCUCAAUCGGAUGAAUUGCUAACGGCCAAAGAGAUGGAUGGGAAUUAUGGGACAAUUUACUUUCUAUUGGUAGGAAGGGUGCCUCUUUUUUUCCGCUUUUUUAUAUCUUUUUGCCAACGUGAAUGUUUUAAACCUGAAAAGAUACAUGAACCAUAUUUUUUUAGAAAAAUCUACACGCAUGAUUUGUUUA